CCAAAAGAAGUGGAAAGAGUACGAGAUACGCUUCCCGCUUUUUCAAUUUAUGGCGCCAGACAAUCCAAAGCUCCCUUUCUUCGUCCGUUUCCGCCAUCCUCAAAUACCUUAAGAUCCUUGUUUCGAAACAAAGCUAUUUUUGGGCGAAAAUAGUAUCUCUAACACAGAGAUGUUUGGAAGAGUAAGAGCAUCGCCGUCACUUGACAGCUCCGCGAGUCCCCCUUCCAAGAUCAUCAAACACGAUUCUCUUUCCAUCUACGAGACUACACUCAUGAAGCUUAAACUGGGUUGUCAGUUCCACCCAAUUUCGCCGGUGGAUUUAACCGAUUGCCAUUCCGGAACUAUUCCCGUGGCUUGUGAAGAAAUGCAUUCCGGUGAUGAAUCUAUGGUAAUCGAUACAGAUUGUUCAAGCGAUUGCCAAUCCACAGGCGAUUCUAAAUUGAUUUCUCUGCAGCGGAGCAAUUGUACGUCAAAUAUUCACUUGUUUUCCAGAUUUAACUCCCGUCAACGCACUCCAACAAUCAGUGAUGAAACUCUAAUGAUGGACAUCAAUGCUUCAGCGAGUUCGUUUCAAUCUUUGAGCAGAGCAAAAGAAGGGAACCAUGAAUCUACCACACACAAUGGGAGUACUAUCACAUGAUUCAAUGGGUUCUUGCAUUGGUAUUUAAGCAUGCAAAUUUGUUACUCCAAAUGCUUCCAAUUAGAUUUACUAUUUUCUU